AUGAGUCAGAAAGAACCGUCACGGAAAGGUGAAUCGCUCGCUAAAAGGUAGAUAACUCACCUUGUGAUUUAUAUUUACGAUGUUAGUUUUAGGAAUUCGCGGAGUGUUCAUGAAAAAAAGAGAAGGUGUGAGCUCAACGAUAUUCUCGCCGAAAUGAUGUCUCUUGUCCCUUCGAACCUUCUCACAACCACUUCUCGCAACGAUAAAAGGCCCGAUAAGUGUAAUAUCAUCGGUGCUGCGGUGGAUAUCAUUAAGAAAGGUUCAUAAUAAACUCGACUAAAACCUAUUUUGAGACAAAAAAUGUCUAAACCUCUUUUUUUGCACACUGUUUCGCUAUUUGUGUAAAGAUCCUUGUGUCAAGGUUGCCAAUGAAUUUUAGCGAUUUUUCUAAUUUUGAAAAUUCAGACUUCUCGCAACCGGCAAGUAGUCGAAAUAGCCGUCUUCUCAAAGAAACUAUGAGCCUCAUUGAGCCUUGUAUAUUCCUAGUACAUAAUUGGCGGAUAGAGCAAGCAUUCGGAUCAGCUUUUCGCCUUUUUCGUAGGAAAACGGUAUAAAUUCCAUCCAUAAUCCGAAAAUCACUUUUUUUCUUCAGUUUUCCUUGAUUGGGAAAGAUAUCCGAUCGAUUCUAUCAAUGGAAUCUUCCGCUUUUCUGAUGGCCGAGAAUAUUCUCGGCUGGAGCCUGAAUGGUCAUCAGCAGUUGAAAACGGCCGCUGGGGCCACUUUCGACUGUUUUUCGAAAAAACACGAGGUUUUCUCGUUUUUUGCGAUUGUUUUUUUGAUUCGCAAUGUUUCAGACCGAUGAUGAAAUCGCCUGGCUCCUCGUGUGUUUACCGAGUUGCCCGAUUUCAGAAGAGAAGAAGGUUUUUCGCAGAUGAAAAUAGAGAUAUUUUCUGUUUUCAGAUGGCCACUUCUCCAUUGGAACUCGAUCGGCCAUUAUUGGCCGCACUUUUGAGGAAAAAAAGCCCUGAACCGCAGAAAGAAGCUUCUAACAAUGUAUAUCGUAAAAUCAUUUCUUUUAAAUAUAAUCAAUUUUAGCAAGUUUUCUCGUGUUGCGAUACCCCAUCUUCUUCAUUUGCAUCCACUCCUUCCACUGGGUCUAGAAAAAGAUUGAAUAAAGAAGAGGAUUUGAAGGUAUUCGUUGGAAGAAAACGGUGGUAUGAAAAAAACACCAGCGAAAAUUUAAAAGACGACUUUUCCGAUUUUUUCAUAUCGCUAGUGAACUUUCCGACGGCCACCUUUCCGACGAAUCUUUUUUUCCGACUUUUUUUCCCUUAUGUUUUUUUAUGUUUAUAAAAACAUCUAUUAACAUAUUUUUUUCCUAUUUCUUUGUGUUUCAAUCAUGAACCAACUACUUACUUUAUAUAGGAAGUUUUUAAAACGAAGAUUUUAUCGAGAAAAAAAGUCGGAAAAAAAUUUCGUCGGAAAGGUGGCCGUCGGAAAGUUCCCUAGCGAUAUGAAAAAAAUCGGAAAAAAAUCGCCGUUUGAAUUUUUCGCUGGUGUUUUUCAUACCACCAAGAAAAACAUUAAAAAUUAUUGUUUUCUAAGUAAUUAAUAUAUUUUCAGGAGCCCGAAACAUCAAAAUCUCAACUUCCUCAACAUUUUUCCAACCGAAAGCAGCCGAACUUUUCAUAGGUUUGCUCGUAAAUCGAAUUUUUUUGAAUUAAUAAAAUUUUUCAGGCCUUCUCAUCUCACAAACCCUUCAAAUCAGCCAACUCCUGUAUUUUUUUCAACGCUUUAUCUUCGUUAUCGCCAGCUUAUAAAGAGGUUCGAAUUUUUUUUCAAUUUUCUCAAAAAACUUUCAAUUAAAAAAAUUAUCUAGGAUUUGAAAAAAAUCUUUUGCUUGGCAUUCCGAAAUUAUUCGAUAGUUUUUUUCGAAAAAAACUCCUUGUAUUUCAGAAAAAUAUGUCAACUGAUGUUUUUUUAAAGCUUUUUUUAAUUUAUAAUUUUUUUCGGGAAAUUGAAGAUUUUAGUUUUUUUGAAUGUUCAUGAAAAAAAUCAUUUAUUUGAUACUUACACUUUUUGAAAAGUUGAAAAAAAUGACAUUUAGAAAUCAGAGUAAAAACCGCCCUAAAUGUAUUACUUUUUAUGAAAGACUAAAGUGAACACAAAGUUGUGGAAAAAAAUGAAUUUAUUUAAAAAUCAAACAGAUAUAUUUUUAUAGGAUUUGUAGAACGAAAUUCCGCUAUUUAAUUAAAAAUUUAAUAUCAGCCCUGAAAUUUUUUUCCCAAGCUGUCUGAAAUGUAUUCCCAAUCUUCUGGAUUUUUACUUUGCGGCGGUUUUAAAACGGUCCUUUUUCGAUUUUUCAAAUGAUAUACAUAUCAAUCUUGCAUUAGUAGCAAUUCAUAAGAAAUUUUUUUGAGAUAAUCCUGAAACUUUAACGUGUUUUUAAAGUGUCCUGAUGACGAAUUUUGUAAAAAAAUGUCUUUUUUAGCUCUUUUGUAUGUCUCAGCAUUUUUUUCGUCAUGAAAAUUGAGCUUUUUAUUGAAAAAUUCUGGCUUAAAAUGAUUUUCUUGAAAUUGAAAAUGUAGAGUCACUGCGCCGAAAGUCGAGUUCAAAAAAUCGAAGUUUAAAAGAAAUUGUGAUCUUAUUGGUCUCAUUGAUCUCGUUGGUUCCAUUAAUCUAUUCAUAUUAUUUUCAAAAAACAGCUAAAUUCCAGAUCUGGCUCCGACUUCAAAGCGAGCGACUGCUCCUGGAAGAAAGAGUUCUGGAAAAGGAGCGCGAACUCCAAGGAUUGAUGCUGUCGGCCCUUCGAAACCCUCCAUCCACCUCAUUCAUCCCCCCACCCGACCACCAACUUCUCCUGCACCCAAGAACCUUCUCCCUGCCUUCGUAUAGCUCCCAGCUAGCCUCUUCUAGUCACAUUUAUCAACAAUGCCAUCUACUUUCCUCCAUCAAUUGUACGGGUUCUUUCAAUAUCCCUCCUGGUAUCGUCAAUUCCAUGCUGACUGGUCUCGAUUCGGACAGAAUCGAUGUAAAUAUGAACAGUCCCGAUCCGCGGGCUUCCACGGACUCUCCUGAAGAGAUUUCGCCCUGA